AUGGCUUUUUCUUGUCGAAUUGCUCUCACUAUUUUCGGUCUCUUUUUCGCUUUUAAUGUUGUCCGGGGUGACCCCGAUAUAAUCAUAGUAAGCAAGAUUUGUAACUGCACUGUAUAUGAACAGGACGAUCCUUAUGCGAAUAGCGUAUUGUGCGUCUUCGAAGAUAUGGCGACUGUGAUGGCCAACCACCCUGGCUACGAUUAUUAUACCCGUUCUGCUUCUGCCGACGCGACUGCUUAUGGCCACACUGUUUGCAGCCAAGAGCUUUCGUACAACAAUUGUGCAACGUGCGUGAGUUCUGCAAGAAAACUGAUGGUCCUCGAUUGUCCAAACAGCAUCAGGAUUCGAAUGGUGCUCCAAGAUCGCAGAAUGCGAUACAAAGAUUAUUCGUGCGCGGAUUAA